GUCUUCUCUUUGCAUCUCCAUUCGUCCUGCAUUGGCCCCCUGUGAUUUUGGAGAAUGCCUCUAUUCAAACGCAGUCCUUUCACUUUAGCGGAGCCUCCUAAGGAUUUGGAAUCCUCAGAGAUUGUGUAUCAAGUUCGAUUCACAAAAGAGAUUUUCCGGGAUUAUCUAGAGUAUUUGAACAGGAUAAAUCUAUAUCGACAGAGAGUUUGGACAUGCAAAUCAACAGGUAAAGGCAACUUGACUUAUGAGGAAGCUUUGGUGUCAGAACAGCAUGCAAUUGAGAAAGUUCAAGAGUUACCCAAUGAGCUACUGGCCCCUGUUCUGCAUACUAUUCAAUUCAGCAUGCUUUCAUUGAGAGAUCUUGCUGACACGAUAGUGAAAAAAUUGAAAAAUCCUAUUUUUGUGGGUGCUGAAUUAUAUGGAAGAAAGAACAAUGGCCUUUCACCAUGCAGAGUGUUAAAGGCUAUGGAAGACAGUGCUGAUGAAACACGAUAUGAGAUAGGGUGGCUUGAUAGAAAUAGGAAAUUAAGGGAACGUGCAAUAUUGAAUGCAGAGGAUUUAGUAUGGAAGAAAACACCCUUUAGUAGAAAUUUUUUCAAGUCUUUUAUUAGGGAGUCUACAUGCCGAAGUAUUCCUUGGAUGCUUCACGAAAAGCUGGCACAUAGACAUGGUAUCUCAACCAAUCCUCCAGAGGAGUUGCAGGGAAAAUAUUCCUUUAAAGAUGGAAAGUUGGUCAGCAUGAAAAAGAAAAGGAAAAAUAAAAGCAGAGAGAGUGAAGAGCAAUUCAAUGAAGAAAAUGGAGCAUCUAAAAGGAUGAAAAUAGAAAGUGAGAAACCUAAUGAAGACCUUAUCAAAUAUCCGAUUGACGACCUUCUUGUGCAACCUGGUCCAGAUGAUCCAGUUUUCACUGAUCGUCCUUCACCGUCAAGGGAAUUUAGUGUUCCAAUGGAUUGUGUUGGAAAUCUUUUGAUGGUUUGGGAUUUCUGUUCUUCGUUUGGUAGACUGCUGCAUCUGUCACCAUUCUCUAUGGAAGAUUUUGAAAAUGCUAUCUGCCACAAGGAGAGUAAUUUGGUUCUUAGCAUGGAAAUUCAUUCAGCUCUUCUUUUGUUUCUCAUGAAGGAUAAUGGUGAAUUUUCAUCAGCUGUACAAAAAAGAAAGCGAAAGCCAAAGAUAUCACUAGUCACUUGGACAGAAUAUUUGUGUGAUUUCUUGGAGCUGAUUGACAUUCCUGACUUAUGCUCUAACAUAACAACCAUAAAGAGGGGGCAUUAUGGUCUUCUGAAUGCUAAUGCGAAAUUGGGGAUACUGCAAGAAUUGGUCAAUGAAGCACUUCAAACGGAUCUUUUUAGAGAGAAGCUGGAUCAGCAUAUAGAACAGCGGCAGGUGCUUGGAGCUAAUCAAAGAGGGGAAGCUUUGGAAGAGGCUAGAAAGAAACGAGCAGAGAAGGAACAGUUGAAAAGUGAGCAUGAUCUCAAUGGAUUGGUGAAUGGACAUGGUUUGGAGAGUUCCAGAAGCAACCUUCAUGUAUCAAUUAAUCAUAAUCAUAGAAAAGAGAAUGGGGACAUAACAGAGAAGAAAAAUGGUGUGAUCUCUUCAUCCAGACAAAGCAGUCCAUCAGAUGACAGUGGGAGCAAGCCUUUAGAGAUUCUAUCAAAGAAAACAGACAAGAAGCAGGAUAAUGAUGCAGAAAUGCCAGCAGAAAGUGAAGAAUCAUCUGGGAAGGAAGCAAUCAAACAAUUGAGGGUUGAUAAGAAGGAUACAGGGGAGAGGAAGAGUAAAGAACAAAGGAGAGAAUAUUAUGAACGGGAGAUGGAGAAGCGAAUCAUACGUACCAACUCCCUAGGUAAAGAUAGGGACUAUAACAGAUAUUGGUGGUUUAAGCAUGAUGGGAGGAUAUUUGUUGAGAGUCUUGACGCCAAGCAGUGGGGCUACUAUAGUUCCAGGGAAGAGCUUGAUGCAUUGAUGGGCUCACUGAAUCGUAAGGGUGAGAGAGAGAGAGCUCUUCAUAAACAGCUGGAGAAAUUCCAUAAUAAAAUGAGUAUGGAACUCCAGAAGAGAUCAAAGGACUUGGCUCAUAGAAUGGAAGCGGAGGAGGCUGUACUCCGCAGGUCUACUCGGGUACGAGCUCCACCUAGGGAAAAUCCCGCUAAUGCUUUCCUUAGGUAUGUUAACAAGUGGAAGGAAGAUUAAUUGGAUUUGAGUUCAAUGCAGAAGUUUUUGGUUCCAUCUAACUAAAAUUUAGGUGCUCUUUCCAAAUAGUCACACACGGGGAAGUGAUACAGGAGAAUAGGAAAUUUUCUUUUCACUGAAGUUCCCUUUUUUCUUUUCUUCUUUUCAUUAAUGAUGGACUUUGUUGGAGAAGGGGGAGUGAUAGCAGGGGGAAGAGGGAUGUGCUGAGAAAGGGAUGGAGAUGUUUUGUAAUCCAUUCCUCUGGUAGGCGGACAGGACAAACGUUUCCUCAUGCUUGACCUAAAUUUUGUACAUGAGAUUGAAUUGGCAUUAUUUAAUUUAAUUACUUUGUCAAGUGGUUAGGAAAUCCCCAUCUGAAUUUUUUUUUAU